ACUCCCAAAGGACCAGGAACAGGUUUGGUUUCUGGCUUUUUGAAGGCCAAACCUUCUUCCUCCUCCUCCUCUCAGAGUCUUGAAUGACUUCGAGCCGCAGGAGAGAUCAUUUUGGCAUGUUGUUAGCAGGAGUUUGAGUUAAAUAUAUAUUUUUAAAAAAUGAAGUAAAACCUCCUUGGAAGCCGUACCAGAAUCUGUCUUAACAAUUUCAAGGAGGAGAAUGAGAAAAUCAGUGGCAGCAAUGGACGACACAAUGAAUGCGGAGGAAGACCAAGACCUCGUGGGAAUGGGACUUCGAGUCUCUGUGUCCACGGCACAAACCGCCUUUUACAUGCUGCUGGUGGUGCUGGGCAUCCUGGGUAACGCCACGGUGGUGCUGGUGAUUGGUAAGAGUGUGUUUGUGGACCGCGGCGGAGGACGUAACUCAGACAUCAUCAUCAUUAACAUGGCACUGUCCAACCUGAUGGUGUCUGUGAUGAGGAACACGCUGCUUAUUAUUUCAGACCUGGGACUGGAGCUCUACUCAUCUAAAGAGUGGUGCCAGUUCUUGAUGGGCAUCUGGGUGUGGCUUCGAUCUGUAAACGUGUGGUCAACCCUCUACCUCAGCGCUUUCCACUUCCAAACUUUGAGGCGAGUGACUCCCACCAUCGGGAACUUCCACGGACCUCGGGGAGCAGCGCACACACUGCUGCUGAGUCUCGGCCUCAUCUGGCUGCUCAACUUCACUCCUGCUCAUGUGUUUUCCCCCAACGGGAAUGUGAACUCUACAGAGACCCUGAUGCUUGUGAGCAGCACAACACGCCCCCUGCUGGGCUGCGUGUGGAACUUUCCAUCCACCUACAGUGGCCUUGCUUAUGCGACUACAUCCAUUGUGAUCCAUGAGACAAUUCCUAUAAUCUUGAUGGCUUUCACCAACCUGGGCUCCUUGUACACACUCUACACACACGGCAGGACGCGCAGCUCAGUGCAAGACGGACCGGUCAUAAAACGAGUGCCGGCCGAGAGACGAGCAGCCAAGGUGAUCCUUGCACUCAUUAUGCUCUUCAUUGCAUCCUGGGGAACCAGCAUCAUCUCCGUCAACUAUUUCAACUACAGCCGUGGCAACUCGGCUGAGUAUCUUCUGAUUAUUGCACGAUUUGCCAACAUCACCUUUAUCGCCAUGUCGCCUGCGAUUUUGGCAGUCGGACACAGAAGACUCAGGGCUUCCAUCAAAUCUUUGCUCUUUUACUGACUCCAAUGUGAUUGACUGUAAAGAUCUGAUCUGCCACUGAUCACAAAAACAAAUAGUUACUCAAUAAUCUACUAAAACUGUUAGAAUUAGACAACAAGUAAACUACUAUUUCUAUGACUACAAUUACUGACUAGGCAAUUUGUUCUCCUCUACUAAAAUGAAAAUGAUUAAGACCACCACCUUUAGACAUCUGUGUAGACACCUGGCUGGAUCUCCAGUCCUACGUGUCCAUUUGGACGACAUGGGCACAACUUU